AUCAGCAUGCUGUUUCUUCGACGGGGUUCGUUGCUGCGCGCGGCGGCGGCUGUCUAUGGACCUCGGCGAUGGUGUCACGCCAACUCGAGCAAACUCCCCGAGCACAUCAAGAUCCGCAUGCUGGACAUGGACAUCACUCAAACGAUUGAGGGUUCCAAGUUGCUCCGAUGGUUUGCCAAAGAAGGCGACAAGAUCGGCCCUGGAAAACCAAUCUGCGAAGUCGACACACCUGAACUUCUCUUCAGUAUCGAGAGCGAAGAUGAGGGGUAUAUCGCAAAAAUAUUUGUCCCUGCCCAGUCGGAACGUGUACGACCGAAUGAAGUGUUGGCCGUGAUCGUGCCCACCGAAAGCGAUAUUCCUCCAUUUCUCGAGGCCCUUGCUGAACACCCCGACGAAAUCGAAGUUCACAAGCCCUCUACUCCUUCGAUCGCUACGUCCGAGUCGACCCCCACGGACGGCGCGGACCUUCUUCGCGUGCUCAGUCACUUGAACAAGGAAGGUGCGUUCCCGUCGGAGGACGUGUACAAGACGCUCAAAUCCCUCGCGCGGAAGAACGACGACCAGUUGCUCCUCGUGUACAAGGGCAGCUUUGACGAAGACAACACGACGUCAGGGUUUGACAAGGACUUUUUCAUUGAAAACUGCAUUGACCUGGUCGACGAAAAGAAGAGCGGGGAAACCACCACCUAGGCAGGCCAUGUGUGCAUGACGAAUGCAGACCAUGGGCUUGCAACGUAGAUUGGGUCCCGUUCACUCCAACAUCCUCCCCGCAAUCAAACACCGUUGUCUCUUCAACACCGUAGCUACAACGCUGUAUUGCUGACCGUAAUACGUGCAGCGCAAUAAGGUCGCCUAUUCGUCGCUAUCUCCAAGGUUAAGGGCGUGCUUUACACAUACGACGACUCUGAAGCAACAAGCAACGUGCUAUUCCAUAAACUUGAGCGAC